AGAAAACAGAAACCUGGUAAAGCAUUGUUCAGCUCUUCAGUAGUGGUGGGUGGGGACUGUGACUGCUACAGCGAAUAGCUCAGUGUUGGCUUUGGAGUGUCACGUCACAAGCUUUCCUUCAUCUUAAAAACCAUGUGGUCCAUGAAUUAUAAUUACAGGGAAAUCGUUUUUUGCCCCCCAUGAUGACACAGAUAGAUGAGAUCCAAAGAUGACGCAUGGUCCAAUGAGAAGCCUCCUGACAAUAGUGGUGUCAGGACUGGGUACUGUGUCCACUCAAUCUGCGAGUGGCGGCCUCAAACUGCAUAAAGAAUGCGGGACCGCGCAUUGCGAAAGAUACCAAUAUUGCAAUUCCGAUUUAAUUUGUGACAGUUGUAGUUCAAUUUGCAAUGUCUCCUCACACAAUUAUGAGAGAGAGAAUUGUGAACAUAAUUGCCAAGAUUACAUUCACGAUUACAUCUCCUCAUACGUCAAUGCAUCUGUUUUUGCUCAACUCCAAGGUACUGUGGAGAGAAUGCAAUCCCUAGUGGUUGUUUCACUUUGCUUAGCACUGGUGUCAAUUAUUGUGAUAUCUGGGAUUUUGUUCUUCGUAUGGAUAAGAUACCGGCGUGUUUGGAAGUUCAGUGACCUGCGUUUGAAGAAGAAAUUAGCUUCUGUAAAUGUCAUCAACAAGAUGAACCAACAGCCAGCGCAACAGAACUGCAACAGCACGGGUGGCAGUAAUGAGGGAGGAUUAACGCUGAAGAUGCCGAGUGCAGCAUCCAUGAUGACUUUGAACAGCCCGAGUCCUAGUACUGUGCCACCCAGUAACAUCACAACCACCACGCCGAUCACACCCAUCAGCAACAGGUACCCAUCUGAAGACGCCACUCUUGAGUACGCCUAUGACAACCCGGUGCUAACGCCAGCGCCAUCUCCCGGCACCAAUCUGCGGCGCAUCGAAACAACAUUCUAGCAGAAAACACUACAAAUUCGGAAAUAAUAAUUACGGUACAUGAUACCCUUUUUUCAAAACGUUUUAUGUAAAAACUUAUAUAAACACAACAAUUAGUUUCGGCUUUCAAGCCAUUUUCAACCUUUUUUCAAAAUUAAUGAAACUAUUCCUUUAUUGAUUAACAAUCGAAGUAACCCUAUUGAAAUACUUCACGUUAAAUGUAAUAUAUUUUAAUAAUUUGAUUGUAUGGUGAGAGAUGUUGUGGUAUUCCUACUUAAUUGAAAAAAUAAGACGUUGGUAUUGACAACAUCAACGUCUUAUUCUUUCAAUAAUUCAAUAUAUUUCAUCACAUGAAGCAAAUACAGUACACCGGAAUCUACAGACCGAUAUAAUAUCUAUAAACUCUAUUUACUUUCUUAUGACCCAAUACUUACCCAAGUUCCAAAAUAUUACCCCUCUGUACAUAUAUAAUACCAGUUUGGAAAUGGCUUUACUCUAGGCUUUUCUGUCACAUGUGCUCACAUUAAAUGAGUAGGCUACCGGUUGGUUAAUGCCAAGUAGGUGAGUGUACCUUGACCAUUUACAUCAUUGAAGUCCAUCCAUUAUUCACGCUAAAUAAUCAAACACCCAUGAGCACAUGAGAAAUAUUCAUCCAUGAAACAAAUAGAUAAGUAAUGUUCAAAUAAUAGAAGUAUACAACUUCUUUGUAAUUAGCUUUAACAAUUUUAUUCCAAUAUAAUCUUACCAAAAUCGUAUUUUGGCGGAAAGCUGAAGUUUUUGCAAUCCUGAAAUUGCUCAUUCAAGUUAUUUGAUGUAGGUUGUGAUAGAGAAUAAUUAUUCUAAUAGAGCUCACAAAUCCACAGCAAUAAAAUAUGAUAACAGUAUUUAUUUCCAAUUGUCUUUCAUUUUUAAAUCUUCUUGAAUAUUUUAUCGUGUGAUAAAUCAGAAAUGAAUGUUGAGAUUGAAAUAUACAUGCAUUUUGAAACGCAGUGUUAGUUGAAGAAAAUAGAAACGUUCGUUUUCAGUUGAUAACUUUUAGAAAAAUGUUUUUAGAAAAAACAAUACUCAUUCUACUUGAUAAAAAUAGUUUCCAAUUAAAACCGACAAAGUAUUCCAGGAUUAUCUUUCAAAUUUGUUUUUCCCAGGUUUAAUUUUUAUUAACUUCGUAUAGUACAAUAAUUAAUUUACUAUUGAAAGCGAGAAAGGCCACCUUUUUUAAUUACUCUAUAGAUCUACUAAUGAUUUUAAAAUUUUAAUUGCCUGAUUGCAACUGAAAAUUGAAAGCGUGAAACUUGUAUUGCAUACGUUUCCUGUUUAUAAUUAACUGAAAUGCAAAAAUUCUCAUCCUUGAGAAUUAUAUUUAUAGUCCAUUACGAAUUAUUCUCCAAUGCAUUUUGAAACGCAGUGUUAGUUGAAGAAAAUAGAAACGUUUCAUUUGAGUUGAUAACUUAAAAAAAAGGUUUGAUUAUUGAAGCUAGCAAAAAAGUUGAAUGUACUGAACUCAUCAAUUUAACAACCUCAUUGUCAAACUCCAUUUCGGUCUGAUUGAAGAAUUUGGGAGGACCCUGAUUAAUUUCCGAACUUCUUACAUGCUCUACCUAUAAAGAACAAAUUUCUCAAGGUUUUGAAUAAAAACAUAAACAAACGGUUCUAAUAAGGUUCUUUAGUACAUACAAGAAAGAAAACAAAAAACAAUAAAACAAAAAGAAUGACUUCUACAAUCUCAAUUGAUAUUAAAUAUCACGUUGCAAUAAUUAUAAAUUAUAGACCUAGUUUUAGAUUAGAAUUUAAGUAGGUUAUUUCAAUUUUAUUCAGUUGUUAGAAAGUAUUCUUUUUGAAUGCCUCCAGUGGCAAAAUGUACUUAACAUAUUUCUGAAUAUCCCUUUAAUUGUAGUAUAAGACUAGUAGUAAAUAAAAUUUUAGCUUAAUUUUGAAAGAAUAUUACGGUUCUUAAUUUUAAUAUUAUUUAUCUCUCAAUCAACAAAAAAAUUAACUCUUCAUUUUCACCACCUUGAAUAGGUAAAUUAUUUUGAAUAUCAUUCUACUUAUACGAUAAAAUAUCCACCUGAAUAAUUCUAUUGUCUAUUGACAAAUUAACAGUUUACAGUGUAUCUGAAUCCACUAAAUCAACUCUCUGUAAAGCAUUCACUUUGAACUUCCUCAUUCAGAAAUACUCUCUUUUUAUUUUUAUGAUGCUAUUUCCUGAAACAAAGCACUCCAAUUUCAUUUUUCUAUUGAUUAUAGCCAUUUAUUCAGAUCUAGAAUCAAACUGGAUCCCAUCAAAGGAUAUGAAGGAUUCCAUUAAAAUUUUAAUAAUCGAGCUUGAGAACUUUUGCUGUUUAACUCUGUGUCAAAAUUAUUUCGAGAAACAUUACAAAGCAUCAAAUCUAUUCCAAGACUUAGCCUAUAGCCUUCUACACAUUCUAUUCAAAUGAAAUUAAUAUUUCACUUCACUAUGCACGUUAUUUUAAGUCAUGAAUAAUAAGUGUAAGAUAUUCGUUAGUGUAAAUGGUAUUCAUUAAGUGCUUAGCUCCAGCAGUAUUAUAACAGUAGUUACGGUAAAUAAUAUUUAUAUUAUUGAAAUUAAAUUUUGACUAGUUCUUAAGAUGCACUUUAUUAUCAUUAUUUGAAUUUAAUGUUUGGUUUUGUUAGAAAAUAGUUAAUAAUGAUCAUUUGAGUAGGUACUAUAAAUAAGCUAGGUCGGAGGCCUAAAUAGUGCAGAUAUUGAUAAGUUUCAUUUUUUCAAAAUAUCUUGAUGAUAUUUUAGACUAGGCGUGUAUUCAUGAGCAAUAUUUGAAGUAGUUGUAGAAGUUUACAGUGAUUUCACUGUUAACAUGCAUAUUGCAUUGUUUAAUAACUUUUAUAUAUUUAGGUGCUAUAAGCAAAAUGUGUGCAUUAGUUAAGUUACAUUUCUCUAGGAAUAGUAAUAUUAGAUUAUAUAAUGUAUUAAGUAAAGCAAUAAAUUAUUAAAUUGAUUUUAAUUUAUCUACUUGAUGAGGAGAACAAUAGUCACAAAAUCAUUAGAAAGUGAAAUAAUAAAAUUCAAUAAUUAUUAGAAAUUUGCUCAUACAUGUAUUUCUGUAAAAAUUCAUUAUUGAAUAAUAUUAUGAUUUCUCAACUUGAAAAAAAAUCUGAGUGUGAAUGUUGAAAAAACUAUAUUGAUUUCUUUACGUUCAAACUUCUGGUAUGAGCCUAGCUAUUUUUCGAAUAAGAUUAUUUUCCAACCAACAUAAUAGUUAUAGAAAAUUGAAAAUAGUUCCUUAUUCCAUGAUACUUUUUUCAUUGAUGUUGCUUUUAUCAUUUUAUCAAUCUAUUUUAAAAAAGGUUUGUCAUUAUCCUCUCGAAUUAGAUUCCUACUUAUAUCCUUAUCUCAUCAAUCCCUACAAUGUAGAACUAAAUAAAUAAUGAAGUAUACUUCAUCAUUCCAUACUCAACAUUCCAAUUUAGUUUUUAGAUACCGUAUAGAAUAUCAUUUGAUUCCUUUUAGAAAAUUUUUAUGACUUUCAUAUAUCUUAUUCUUUUGUAUUUUGAAACUUGAAUGAUUAUUAAUUGGAAAUAUUAUUUUAGAUUAUUGGAAUUAUUAUAAUAGGAUUAGAUUAUUGAAUUAUUAUAAUAUUAUGUUAUGUUUGAUACAUGACUUUGAAAUGUUAUUUCAUAAAAGUAAUAUUAAAAGAUACCAUUGAACAGAUUUUCUGAGUAGCCUAUGUUUUCGUAUACUUUUUGAGUAAAACUGUGAAAUUAUUGGGUUUUUCAGAGUCAUCAAUCAUUCUAAAUUCUUUUAUUGUGUUUGUCAAUGUCAAAAGAUGUGUGCUUGUUUUUAUAUCUGUGUUUGUGUGUUUGAUGUGUGUGAGAGUUUACUACUAACAUUAAAAGAGUCUACAUAUCGGGAAAAUAGUAACUUCCACUAGUUUUCGCGGGAACGUGGAAUUAGAAAUGUUCGGAACUCAAAUUGACAUAGCAUUUCCAAUUCCGUGUUCCUGCGACUGCGGGCUAAGUGUACGCUUAGUGGAAACUACUAUUGUCCCCGUGUCCAGCUUACUUAAGAAUUAGACGAAUGUAUUAUUUAAAAUAAUGUAAAAUAGAGGUAGGUUAAUUAUUAUGUAAUUUUAAGCUAAUUGUGAUACGAAAGUAUUGUCCAAUGCCUUAUCGAAUCCGUCCAAUAGCAUUAAGUACAUUUUAUGGAAUCUAAUUUUAAGACUUCUGUAAGUGUUUGUGUAAAUAGUAGCAUAGUUUAUGUUCAUGCUUUUUUAAUAAAUUUCUUAGAUAGUGCUUCA